AUGGUAAAAAAUAAGAAAAAAUGGAAGAAGAAUCCAGUUUCCAAUAGUUAAACUUUUCACGAUAUAUGUUUGAGGAAAAUUUAUAAUUAUUUUAAUUAAAUUUUGUACUUGAUGCACCUAAUUUUUAAAGUAUUUUUAAAGAAAUAGAAGAAUUAUAAAAAAGAAAAGGAAGAAAUAUAGGAUUGUUUAAAAUCAUUGAUUUGUUUGAUGGUAAAGAAUUUUUAACAAAAUCCUCUCCUUUUUCCUUUUGAGUUUUACACAAUGAAUUAUAUGGAGAGUAUAAUCUCCAAGAGUAUUUUAACUCAUAUUUGCAGGAGUAUCUUGAAUAGUGUAAGAAAAGUUUAUGAAAUAGUAGAAAAACAAACUUAUAAUUCAAAUUUUAUUAAAGAUUUAUAGAUCAAUUAAGUGUUUAUGAGCAUAUUUCAACUAAAAAAAAUAAAAAAAUUGUAUAUAUUGAAUUUAUGGAGGAUCAAAACAACUAAAAUUUCAUUGAAUUUAGAGAUAAUUUCUUAGAAUUUUCCUUUAUAAAUAUUUUUCAGCUUUAGAUUUUAAAAAAUUUAUUAAGAAAAAAUUUCAAAAAUAGAAGAUAAUAUUUAAAUGAGUAUUUUUAAUUCUUUUAAGUAAUUAUUUAUCCUUAAUUCCUUUUAUAUAAAAAUUCUGCUAUUCAGGUAGAUUUAAAUAGAGGGACUAAAUAAAUUUUCAAACAAAAUAUAUUUUAAAAAGAUAUGA